AUGCCUCCCAAGUCCAGCGUCCGGCGAGCACCCGCUCGACGAACCGAGCAAGCUGAAGGCAGCGCCUCGGUCUCUACACCCCAGAAUGCACCCGCAGAAGGUUCGCGCGCGACCCCGGGGCAGAGCGCGACCCCCGGUCCGGCCGGUCGACAGCCUGUGCAACGACUACAAUCUCUGAAGAAGCGCGAAUCAUCCGGAAGCAUUGCCCCCACGGGACGCCCCGCCUCCAACAUUCCCGGCGAGCCUACGAAACCGGUCCUCAAAUAUCAGCCAAAAAAGGGCGUCCAGCGUCGCAGCAAAGAGGAGCGAGAUGCUAUCUCGAAGCUCGAGCAGGAACGGAAUAAUGAGCGAUUGCGGGAGGCUGCUGCCAUCCAGCGUGGUCGUGGUGGUGGACGUGGCCGUGGUGCUUUCCGUGGCCGCGGCGGACCUACCGGUGGCAGUUUCGGAGGUCCUUUGGGUGGUGCCCGGAGAGGUCGUGGCGGUGGCAGCACAUUUGGUCCGCGGUCAUUCGAUCGAUCUCAAACCCGCUCCGUAUUUAGCGCUGGCGGUAGCCGGCCUCCUAUGGACUACGACUCGGACGAUGAUGAGGAUAGUGGGAUUCGGAUCAGCAUUGACCAAAUCGGUCUUUCUGACUCGGAUGAAGAUCUGCCUGAUGACGGCAAGGGCAAGGGCAAGCUUCCUGCCCGUCAAGACCCGGACCUCAAGGGAUUGAAGCCCGUUCGUGUGCAUCGCAUCGAACAUGAGGACCGUGUGGUCUCUGUGAAUAUGGAAUCCAGUACAGCUAGGACGGAUGAAUUGCGCAAGAAGGCCGAGCAGGAAGCCAAGAUUGCACAGGGACAAGAGAUCACUCCGGAGCAACAGGAUGAGCCUCGUGUCAAGGACGAGCCUGUGGAUGACGAUGAUACCCCAAUGGCAGAUGUGGCACCGGUGGAGGACGAUGGUCUCCUGCCCAAGCAAAGGAUGCGCGUGCGCCGGAAGACCUCAGAUCCUCAAUCGUCCCCCACGAAACCCAAAGCGAAGGCGCCGGAGCCACAGAAGGUCAAGCGCGACCCACGAGAGCUCCUUCGCACCAAGGAGGAGAUUGAUGAAUAUGAUCGCCAUAUGGAGGACCUGGCUCAUGUGCGAGAGCUUUUCCGCGAAGAGGAGGAAGAUACGAGUCCGGAGACCCAAUCGGCUGAGCGACAGACCGUCGAGUCUACCACCGAGGGCGAAGCCGACGGUUCUUCUACGGAGAAAGAGGGUGGGGAGAGACAAGGCGACAAUGAUCAAAUGGAGACGGACGAGCAGAAUGAGUCCAAGGAGGACAAGACAGCCAAGAACCUUCUGGGCCAGCUGUUCUUGAUGCAAUUCCCCCCGAUGACGCCCAACCUUUCUAUUCCUGGCUCCGAGCCGAACAAUUCUGCGCCUACCGACUCUACACCUGCGGCCGCCACCAACCAAAAUGAGAAUGGGAGCGAGGUGAAGCCCGAAGGCGGGGAUAUCGAAGUCACGGAUGUCGACGCGAUGCCUCCCACCGAGACCCCGAAGGUCAUCACAGCCACGACAGACUGGUCCUUGCCUGCGGGCAAAGUGGGCAAGCUGAACGUUCACAAGUCCGGUCGCAUUACGAUGGACUGGGGUGGCAUCAGCUUCGAGCUUGACCGGGCUGCGAUGGUGGAUUUUGUGCAAGAGGCGCUAAUCGUGUCUUCUUCCAACGAUGAUCCCGACGUGAAGCCCGAGGAAGCAGCGGAUGAGGACAACCGGGUGUGGUCGAUGGGCCAACUCUGUGGCAAGUUUACAGUGAUGCCGAAUUGGGACGACAUGCUGUGA